AUGAGGUUUAGCUUAGUUUCACUGUGUGCCGUAGUGGCAGGUGCUGUGGUGGCGGAGAAUUUCGAGGUUGACUUUGAAGGUUGGACGCAUAAUGAUUUGAAACAGUACGUACAGGAUCAUAGUAAGAAGCUGGAGAAUUUGGGAUCCAAGACUAUGGAAGAGCUGAAGGCGGAGCUGGCCGAGAGAUGGCAGAAGAACGCGCAACCAAAGCCUUGGUGGCAGAUUUGGCCCGCUCACAAGGACGCAUAUCUGGGUGAAGGUGUACCCAGCUCGUUGAUCUCUGAAUGGCUCUUUGAGACAUGGCCCGAGCAGGACUUGCGCAAAUUUUUGGACCGCAAUAACGUGAAGUACGAGGCCAAGGCCUCGCGGAAUCAGUUGAUCAAGGCCGCCAAGGACAACUUCCACCAAUUGUCCAAAAGGCUGGGAUGCUCAGGAUUUUACCCCUCGGAGGAGUACUUUGGCGAUUGGAGCGAAGAAGACUUGAAGAAGUGGUUGGGGGAGUACGACAUCCCAUACGAGAAGAUCGAGAACAACAGGGACGCGCUCUUGGACAAGGUCAGGGAGAACAUCUACCAUGCCUCGAAACUGGAAGAGGAAAGGAGAUCGGAGCUCUUGAGCUCGCUUGAUCUCGCCAACAAGCAGAUCACUGAUAAAGCCGGGGAGAUCAAGGAUGAUGUAUUCAAUUCUUGGUCCACCGAGAGCUUGAAGCAGUGGCUCUUGUCGCACAAGGUGGCUGUUGACGAAAAGGUGGCAGAUAACCGGGAUGAGCUUGUCAAGUUGGCCAAGCGACAGAUCAACUACCUCAAGGAUGACCUUGAGUGGUACACAAAUUACAUGAAGAAGAAGUCUAGCCGUUUUAUCUGCAAGACACCAGAGUAUGUAGCCUCGGUGUGGGGUCAGACGGUUGGUAAGCUAGGCAAUAAAAUGGGCAGCUUCUUUGGUUACUACAGAGACAAGACCGGCGACGCGAUCAAUGACGCUUUCUUGGUCGGUCUGGACAGCUGGUCCAGAGACCGUCUAAAGACUUACUUAGAUGUGCGUGGCGUCAAAUACCACAUGCUAUCUACCAACAACGAGCUGCGCAGAUUGGCCGUGGAAAAUAGGAACAAGCCUUUGAGACGUCUGCAGGAGAACUACAACAAGCUGACCGAGGGCUUGACCUACGAUAGCAUGAAGGACUGGGCGCAGCACAAGGCGGAGAAAAUCCAGGAUUCCGAUGCCUACAGUUCGAUGACCAGCAGCGUCGACUCCUUGAAUAAGGACACCCAAAAAUGGGCCAACGACUUCACCAAGAAAUGGUCUGACUCUCUAUCCUCGUGGUCCGUCGACGACUUGAAGAGCUAUUUGAAGAGCUUCGGUGUGGACACCUCCAGCUUGACCAAGGAAGACCUUGUCGAGACGGCUAGGUUGAAGACACAGCUCUUCUUCGGCACCUUCAACGAGCCCUGGUACAGCAGGUGGUGGUACAAGACCCGCUUCUACUUGAGACAUCCCUUCCGCCUGUUUGUAUGA